CGUGUGUGCCUGUGACAAAAAGAGAUUAUUACAGUUAAAAGAUGAAAUUCUUUUAUGCUAUCUAUAUCUCUUCUCGUAAUCGCAUUUACAAUGAUUAGGAAAACGGAAUAUCGCUUAUAAACGCGACGCAACACUCGUGCGCGAUUCAGCGCGAUCGCGCGAUGCUCUGCGCGACGAACGUAGCGGAAAUAUUUUCGAGCGCCAUCUUGCGCCAUCUUGCAACCAUAGUAAUUCGUCAGUGCCUGUGAAUGGACUUGUCAUAAGUGUCUUAUAUUAUUUCGUCUCUCCCCGAUCGGUCCGAAAGUUCCGCAUCUCAAAAUUUCCGAGUGAUAUCAACACGUACGCGUAAGAAAAGCAGUACAAUUUGUUAAAGGAAGGUGUAUAUCUUUACCUCCAUCAACUCCAGGCUUUUGUUGUGAUUCGGAGUAUUUGGAAGUUUUCUAUAUUUCUGGGCAAGUCUUCAUCAACAACACCAGCGAUAUUUCAUUAGUCAAGAAUGGCAAUGCAGAAGAUGAGAAGACAAGGUCAAGACGUUAUGCAGGUGAAUCUAGCAGGUAUUAGGCGAGAUAUUAUGAAUCUUGCCCAUAAUUACAGCAAUGCUCAGAAAGCUGUACGAAAAGCUACCAGCAAUGAUCCUUGGGGUCCAAGUAGUACACUUAUGGCAGAAAUUGCUGACUUAACAUACAAUGUAGUAGCAUUUACGGAAAUUAUGCAAAUGCUAUGGAAAAGAUUAAAUGAUCAUGGGAAAAACUGGCGACACGUAUAUAAAGCUCUAGUUCUCUUAGAAUAUCUUAUUAAGACGGGAAGUGAAAAGGUAGCGCAACAGUGUAAAGAGAAUAUUUUUGCCAUCCAAACCUUAAAAGAUUUUCAAUAUAUGGAUGGGCACAAAGAUCAAGGAAUUAACGUGAGGGAAAAAGCAAAACAAUUAGUGGCCUUAUUAAAAGAUGACGAGAGAUUGAGAAAUGAGCGAGCUAGAGCAUUGAAAGCAAAAGAGAGGUUUGCACAAUCAGUUAGUGGUUUUGGAAGUGAUGGUUUGGACACUAUGUCACCUGUCAGCAGUGAUUUUCAAGAUUGGGAGCCUUGUCACUUAUCCGACUUAUCGACUAGACGUGCAACGGAACUGGAAGCCGCAAGACCGCAAACAGUAGGCGAAGAAGAGUUACAACUACAGCUGGCCUUGGCUAUGUCUAGAGAAGAAGCAGAGCAAGAGGAACAAAGAAGACGCAGUGACGAUGUUAGAUUGCAAUUAGCACUCAGUCAGAGUCAACAAGAUUUUAAAACUCCGCAAACUGAAAAACAAAGUCAUAUGCUUGAUUUACUCGAUGUAAAUCUAGGAGAAGCGAGUGGCUCUUCAGUACAAACUGAUCCUUGGGGUAUCCCGGUAACACCAUCUAGACCUCAGCCGCAAAACGAUCCCUGGAGUGCUCCAACAACGAGUACCACGUCAGCUGCGAUAGACCCGUGGACGCCCGUUCCUCCACAACGACCAACAGCCACUAUUGAUCCAUGGCGUGCACCUGCUCCGUCUCCUGCUACAGUCGUGUCUCCUCCUCGUAUAAACGAUCCUUGGUCACCAGUAUUCGUUGCUGCUACUACUGAAUCGGAGACAAGCAAAGUACAGGCGGCUCAAGAUGGCAUAACAUCCUCAUCGCCAUCUUUUAACAAUUCAACCUUGACACAGAAUAUUGGAUUUGCCGCACAAUCGCCUCAGAAUAUAGGAUUCAAUUUGCCGCCGGUGUCUUCGGUUACCACCUUUAGUACCACUACCAACGGCUUUAACGGUACAGGACCAGGUUUUAACAAUUUUUCCACUCAAAACAAUGGUAAUGCUGCUGUGACGAGUCCGCUUAGCGAUUUAGAUGAAUUUGAUGUGAUCACCAACAGAGGAAAACUCGGAGCCAGUCCACAGACAGUUAAUAAUGGUGGUACAACAUCGGGAGAUCCUUUUGAUCUGGAAAGCAUGGCUGAGAAUCUUACUGCUAGUACCGGUGCUGUAAAGAAGACACCACAAUCCUUUUUAGGAGAGAACUCAGCGCUCGUCAAUUUGGAUAACCUUGUCAGCGCUUCGACAAUUAAGCCUACGGCUCCCACGCCUGCAGCGUUUCAUUGGAAAUAAGUUUCAACUAUGUCAUAUGCAGCAAAUCCGUUUGCAACUGUGACUCCACCACCCCGUCCUACAAUCAAUCAGAUUCGGCAGGAUCCAUGGACAGCGAAUACAACUUCUAUGGCUAAUCCGUUCCUCUCGUAGCCUGAUUGAUCAAUCGAAAGCUUCAUAGUUGCGAUUGCGAUUUACGAGACGUGAUUUGCAAUUCUGCAUGUAACUCUGUAUGGUAUAGAUUUCGGUUACAACGGUAAAACAUGAUUUUAAUUAUAGCAAUUAUGCAUGGAGAGAAUAAGAUCGAUGUGAGACGGAGAAGACAUCUUUAUCAAUGAACAUUUUAUUGAUAACUUAAAGCAUUACUUUUUGAUGGAUUAUAUUGCAACACACUUAUAUUGGUUGUACAAGUUUUUUCUUUUUGCAUGUACUCGCUUUUUAAAGUUUGUCGUGGAGUAAUCACCUAAACAACACUAACUAGUAGAGGGUGGCAUACGCAUAAUUAAGAGAAUUGGGUGAUUAAAAAAGAUACAACACAUAAAUCAUGUUUUAACUCAAAACGCUUAAGCGAUUCCAAGGUAUGACUGGAUUUUAUAUAUACACUCCUUUCUCUAUAUAAUGUAUAUUUUCUAUGUAUGAAUUGAUUCGAAGGAAGAUUGCUCAGCAAUACCGCUUUUGCUGCUGAGGAAAGAAUAUAACAUAACGCUGGCGUUGAGAUCAGUUUAUGCGUUUUAUAUUUGUACACACGUUUUCUAUAGUAAAAAGAAAAACAACAAAACGAGAUCGUGAGACUGUAAUCGUGAUUUGCAAAAGCACUAUUAUGUAUCGAACAUAAUUCCGUUCGCCGUUAUAUGCUUAAGAUGUGUCGAUUAUGAUCUAUAAAAAAUUCAAUGUUGUGGCUUGCUUUCUAAAAAAAGAAUUCAUAAUUCAAAAGGCAGCUAGUAUGUUGCAAAGUGUAUGCCAAUUCCUUACAUAGCCAAUCAUAUUGUAUAGUCAAUCAUUUCUAUGAAUGACUUACUGCGACCUAUGACACAGCAAGGCACUUUUAAACGAAAAUGCAACUGUGAAGAUAGCAUUCACGCUAACGACACGAGUAAUAAGGGAAUAAACUGUAUUGUUUUUAUUAUCUCUUGACUCUAGAUUUUAAUCGAUUAUAAAGCAUGUUUUGUGCAGAUUUGGCAUAGCUAAAAAAUCAAAUUCAAAAAACUAAUAAGUGUGUCUAUUCGAGAAUCAUUGAUAUCUAAAUGAAUUAAAAUAACAAUGCGUUAUUUCUAAUUUAAAGUUAUUUGCAAUUUAACCGUUUGCAUUAAUAUCUAAAGUUAUUUAAAAAUGAAAUUAUUUGUAAGAUAAAUUUAUAACAAGUUUACAAGAUGUUCUUGCCUAUUUGCUAUCAUGUUUUUUUUAAACACGAAUGACUCGAAAAUACGAAUCUUUCUUUAUGUAUAAGACAAGUUAUAGGCGUAUCUUGAUUUAUAUAGGAAAUGUACAUAAUAUUACACAGCAUAUUGCUCCCCUUUGUCAAAUAUUUGUAGUGCUCUAACCAGCAUAGAAAAUUUUUAAUGAUAUUUAAAACUCUGUGUUUUCAAUAUUGUUAUUCUCAGGUUUUAUGCCUUUGCAGAAAAAUUUGCUGAGCUUUUUCUUUUCUUAAAUUUGUUAUUUAUAGUUAUCGCUGAUAUUUUUUUGAUUAUAAGAUAUUUGUUUCCCAAUAUAUAUAUAUAUAUAUAUAUAUAUAUAUAUAUAUAUAUAUAUAUAUAUAUAUCCGUUUAUGGAUAAAUAAAGGUCAUAAGCAAAAUUUUUUUCAAAUAAAAUCAUUGAAUUUUUUCUUAUAUGAUCUCAGCAUCUUUUUCUUCAAAAAAAUAAUAAUGCAUUUUACAAUUUUAUACAAAGAAAAUUUUACUCUAUACAUUGGCAAAGGGGACUGUAUUGGCUUAUCUCUAUUCAAGUAAAUCAAGUUGCACGAUUCAAACUGUUCUAAGUAAAUGUCAAGGAAAUAAUUCCAAUGUAUUAUUUAUCGUUAAAUCUAUAAUUUUUGUUGGCUUUAUGCAAUUUUAAUAUACUUGCUUAUAUGAGUGAAACUGUAUAUUUAAUAUGUAUUUAUCCAGAUGUUCGCGAGAAUAUGAAGGUAAAAUGUAUAUAUAAUGAGUGAAAAUUUAUUAUAAUUAUACAAUCAUUGUUUUAAGCCAUUUGAUUAUAUAUAUAUAUAUAUAUAUAUAUAUAUAUAUAUAUAUAUAUAUAUAUUCAAAACAUAAAUGGUUCUAUUAGGCAUUGUACCUAAUAGAAAAUGUAUCACAGCAUUCUAUAUUUUUCGAUUUUAUUUAUAUAAUUAGAAAUCUUCUUUACUUAUUUGUAUAAUAAACAUAUAAAUGAUCAUGAUGUAUACACAACUUCAACUCUGUGCGAACAGUGGAGUAUUUGGUUAGUUUUUAGAGUUAAGAUGUAAUAGCAGAAAAAUUCAAAGAACAUUUAUAUAAAUAAAAAAAUAUUAUAUAUUUUAGUA